CGGCUAGCCGAACGUCACAUCCUAGUAAUCCACCGCCAAUAUACGAGAUAAUAUUUUGAGAAUAAUAUAACACCUGUGGUUUAAAUUUCAUGUCAGCAGCGUCAAUUAAUGGACAUUGUAUCUUUUAAAUUACUGCUGCGGGACUUACUAACCCUCGAGAGAAGAGAAGGUCCGUUUGCACUCGUGGCAACAGUUUCAUCAGCAGCCUGACAGUCAGUCAGGGGAGGAGUCAUCUCUGUGUGAACUACUGUGGGAUAAGUAAUAACGGGACCACGACUAUGAACGAGGCUGAAUAGAAGGCUUUGCACAGCAGAAGAUAAACGAGGACUUCACCAGGUUAAUAAAGAACAACAGUAACCAACAUUAAAUUGACCAUGAUGCUGCAGAGACUCGCCUUUGGUUCAAGGAGACACGUACGCGACCUGCUCAUCAGACCACUGACACAAGCUCCACAUGGCCGGGUCCAUGGCAGCUCCUUUGCUCACCGCGGGGAACUGCGUCAUGCUAAGAGGAUAGUAGUCAAACUUGGCAGCGCCGUGGUCACACGUGGCGAUGAAUGUGGACUGGCUCUUGGGAGGCUGGCCUCCAUUGUGGAGCAGGUAGCUAUGCUGCAGAAUCAGGGCAGGGAGAUGAUGAUUGUCACCAGUGGAGCAGUGGCCUUUGGAAAGCAGCGAUUAAGACAUGAGAUCCUGCUGUCACAGAGCGUACGACAGGCGCUGCACUCGGGACACAAUCAGCUCAAAGACAUGUCGCUGCCUGUACUGGAGGCGCGGGCCUGUGCAGCAGCUGGACAGAGUGGCCUGAUGGCCCUUUAUGAGGCCAUGUUUACCCAAUACAGCACUUGUACUGCACAGGUCCUUGUGACAAAUCUGGAUUUCCACGAUGACCAGAAGAGGCAGAACCUGAACAGCACACUGCAGGAGCUGCUGCGCAUGAACAUCGUGCCCAUCAUUAACACCAAUGACGCUGUUGUGCCACCACCGGAGCCCAACAGCGACCUGCAGGGGGUAAAUGUGAUCAGCAUCAAGGACAAUGACAGUCUGGCGGCGAGGCUCGCUGUAGAGAUGAAGGCUGACCUGCUCAUCGCGCUGUCUGACGUUGAAGGACUGUACGACAGCCCCCCUGGAACAGAUGACGCCAAGCUCAUUGACAUCUUUUACCCUGGAGACCAACAGUCCAUCACUUAUGGCACAAAGUCCAGAGUUGGGAUUGGAGGCAUGGAGGCCAAGGUCAAGGCUGCACUGUGGGCGCUGCAAGGUGGCACCUCAGUGGUCAUAGCAAAUGGAACCCACCCCAAAGUAACAGGUCAUGUUAUUACUGACAUUGUGGAAGGCAAAAAGGUGGGAACCUUCUUCUCUGAGAUCAAACCUGCUGGUCCAACUGUGGAGCAGCAGACAGAAGUGGCUCGCAGCUCUGGAAGAACCCUGGCAUCUCUUCACCCAGACCAGAGGAGUGAGAUCAUCUGUCAUCUAGCAGAGCUUCUGACUGAAAGGAAGGAGGCGAUUCUGGCUGCGAACAAGAAGGACAUGGACCUGGCUGUUAAUGCUGGCCAUUUGCCACCAGCAAUGCUGACGCGUCUGAGUCUGUCACCGGUCAAACUCAACAGCUUAGCCAUAGGUCUGCGUCAGAUAGCCGUGGCGGCGCAGGACAGCGUGGGCCGUGUGUUGCGCAGGACCAGAGUGGCUCACACCCUGGAGCUGGAGCAGAUCACUGUGCCCAUCGGGGUUCUUCUGGUCAUCUUUGAGGCCAGACCUGACUGCCUGCCACAGGUUUCAGCCCUGGCCAUAGCCAGUGGUAAUGCCCUCCUUCUGAAGGGAGGCAAAGAGGCUGCAAACACAAACAGUGUCCUCCACCAGCUCACCCAGGAAGCUCUUUCCAUGCACGGUGUCCGAGAGGCUGUGCAACUGGUGAACACUCGUGAGGAGGUGGAGGAUUUAUGUCGACUGGACAAUAUGAUCGACUUGAUUAUCCCUCGAGGUUCAUCCCAGCUUGUGAAGGACAUACAGCGAGCAGCCAAGGGCAUCCCAGUGCUGGGUCACAGCGAGGGAAUCUGUCACGUCUACGUCGACGCAGACGCCAGUGUCGAUAAAGUCAUCAAGAUUGUCAGGGACUCAAAGUGCGACUACCCAGCUGCAUGUAACGCCAUGGAAACUCUGCUGAUUCACCGAGACAUUCUAAGGACGCCGCUUUUUGACCAGAUCAUUGAUAUGCUGCGAAAUGAACGGGUGAAGAUUCACGCAGGCCCUAGAUUUUCUUCCUACCUGACGUUCAGCCCAUUAGAGGCCAACUCCUUGCGUACCGAGUACGGUGAUCUGGAGUGCUGCAUUGAGGUGGUGGACAGUAUGCACGACGCCGUGGACCAUAUCCACAAGUAUGGCAGCUCCCACACAGACGUAAUCAUCACAGAAAAUGAGGAAACAGCGGAGCAGUUCUUGCAGCAGCUGGACAGCGCCUGUGUUUUCUGGAACGCCAGCUCACGUUUUGCAGAUGGCUACCGCUUUGGACUUGGAGCAGAGGUUGGGAUUAGCACUGCACGCAUCCACGCCCGAGGCCCUGUGGGCCUGGAGGGGCUGCUCACCACCAAGUGGGUCCUGAGAGGGGAUGGACACACGACAGCUGACUUCUCUGAGCACGGCACCAUGAAGUACCUCCAUGAAAACCUACCUGUUGGGCAGCCUUUAGCCGGACAAAGAGACAGUAACUAGACCUGAGACGAUACACAAUGCUGUACUCGCAUUAGCUACCAGCAGCUCCCCAAAAAUCAGCAACAGAUCAUGAUGUCACUGUUUAAAAGUCUGCAGCUCAAAAAGCACAACCUGGAUGUUGUACUUGGUUCUCUGACGAAGUGUGAACUUUUUUUUAUUCUAAAUUCUACCUCAACUUAUCACACUUUAGAGUUAGAGAACUCGCCCUUAUAGCAACGUUACUUUCUUUAAAGGUCCAGUGUGUAACAUUUACGGAGGUUUAUUGGCUGAAAUUGAAUAUACUGCCCAUAAGUAUGUCUGAAUAGGGUAAUCGCUUUGAAAUAAACAGAGGCAGAAUCAUACCACACAAAAGGAGACAGAUGCUAAUGGUAUACGGAGGUAGUUGUAGUUCCCUGAUGUGCUUGGGUCAGGGAGGAGUGAGCAAAAGAGUCAACAAUCUGCAGUCUCACCAUUAGAUUUCACUAUAUCUUACACACGGGAUCUUUAAUGCAAAAUAAAUGCAUAAGGUUUCUUAUAAAAAGUUUUUCAGAUACAUUUUCUUAUAUUAAUGCAAUCUCGGAAUAUCAUUCUUAAACCUCACUCUACGUUACCAUCAAUCAGACCACUUAUCAAGCUGCUUUGUCGUCGUUUAUACUGUAACAACGCCAGCGUAAAGCUGCAGACUGGCGUCUCCAACAGCAAUGCAACUGACAAGGCCUUUGACACAGACUCUGAUCAGGCUGUGCUAUAGUGCGACACAAACCCUUACUUCAUUCAUUAAAUGUUCAUGAGGCUGUUGUCAGUCAUCAGUAA